AUGUAUAUGGUGCUGGAGGGAAUUAUUCUGGACCGACUCAUUAAACGCCGCGAAAAAACAACGCGCGACGAGCAAGCUGGCUUUUGUCCUAGCCGAUCAACUAUUGACCAGAUGCUCAUCGUCAGGAGAAUGAUCGCAAUUUUGCAGCGGUAUUCGAAGCCAAUGCAAUUAACGCUUCUGGACUUUGAAGCCGCUUUCGACUCUCCUCAUCGGGGCCGUAUUCUCAACGCGCUCGGCGCCGAUAGAGUACCAGGAAAGUUCGCUCACUUCCUUGAUGACAUGAAUCAACGAACAACUGCUGCGGUUCGAACACCAGCUGGAUGUACAACACCGCUUGAGGUGAUCACUAUAGUAAGACAAGGGGCAGCGGCAGGACCCUUUUUGUUAAAUUUCGCCAUCGACGACAAUAUGCGAAGAACAGUAGAUAAGUGUCCUGCCGAUAUCAUUCUAGCACCAUCAGGACGCCACUUGACCGAUCACGAGUACGCUGACGAUGUUGUUAUAUUCGCGGAAAGCAGUACGAAACUUCAGCAUGUUGUCAACCUUGUAUCGAAGCUGGCUGCAGCCUAUGGACUACGUCUACUUCCUGGUAAAUGCAAGCAGAUGUGGAUCUCUUCGAGACCUCGAACGGAAAUUACGGUAGACGUACAACCAAUUGAACUCGUCGGUGAGUUCCGUUACCUAGACAGUCAGAUAGUGUGCUGA